UUAGCUCUCCGCGUUAGAUACAACCACCAUUUCACGCUCUCACUUCCCUUCAUUUCCGCAACAAGAGCAUCUGCCUGAGCAAAUAAUAGGGCCAUGGCUCCUGCAACUUGCACCCGGGGUAAAUUCAGAAGCUCCGUAGCUCGCCAUCGCUCUGCGGAAAAAUCCAUAGACGCCCCUUUCAUCGCUCCUUUCCUUGUAUGCGUGGUGCUCCUCUCUCUAUCCCUCGCCUCCCACUUAAAAGCCGCGGAAGCAGCGCCGAGCUACGCGGCGAUGAAAGCGGAGGUUAAGAAGCUCGCGGCGGCGAUGCAGAAGGUGCCGUCGCACAAGCAGUUCGGCAUCAAGCUCGCGCAAGGACUCAACAAGUACAACGUCCCAUCUAAGUACAGCGUGAGUGUAUUCGCCAACUGCACGGUGCUUGUACCGGGGGACCUGGCCAUGAAAGCCGUCGUGUCCAGAUUCAGCGUAUUCAGACCAGAUCCCAUCUACGGCACCACCAAAUUCGCGUGCCUGCGCGGAUUCCACACUUACAAGAAGCUCCAGUCGCUUCCGAAGGUGCUUCUGCCGACCGCGCAAGGCAUUCCCGUGCGGAAAACGACCGCCAAGAACGAUAAGGUCGUGGCGUUUAAUCUGCGAGGCGGCACGCCGGCCACUAAGGUGACGGUGACCGUCGCGCAUAUCUACACGGGCCCGUAUUUCACGGCGGUGGGCACGGACAAGGUUCUUCUACUGCCGUCGAUGGCUAACGAGGAAGACGAUUAGAAUUCCUCGUCUUGGAAUGUACAGCAAGUGAAGGAGGAUGACUGGUUUCAAAUUACCAGAAUCAGGAAGCACUAAAUAGUGUACUAGGGUGAUAGGCAGUCGGAAUGAGUCACUACAAGCUGGAGGGAAAUAAAAGGUUACAUUGAGAGGAUUGUGCGUCACAGUAACUUACAGAGGGCUCCUAAUCAGCACCAACUGCAGUUAAGAAUAGGAUUGUUUGUAGAUUCGAUGCCACUCCGCUCCUAGUCUUCUCUUCCUUGGACAUCAAUAGAUACUGUUCCAUCAUGGAUAGUGG